CUCUGCUGAGCGCGCAACUGGGUUCACUGCAGGACGGCGGAAACACCAAGAGCAACGUACAUGCAGUAGUACGACAGGCAGGUUCACAACCAUCUUACCAUCUUCCUUGCAGUUCUGCGCAGCAUCUGGCCGAAGCGGGGCCUCGACAGGCACCAUCAACCGUGUGGCGGUUCCCCGGAGCUAGCCAGACGUCAACUCCACGCGGACCACCGAAACGAGGGAGAGAGGCCGAAGUCAUUUCGGGCUAAUCGCACGUCGCGGGCCGAAUGAAUGUCCCUGGUCCAUCCGCAGGAUCGAGGGCGGUGACGAGAUGGCGAGCAUGGCACGGCAGGCAGUUCCGUAUAGACAUGUGGAUGGGUAUAUAUAUGUGCCUACCUAAGUGUGCGAGCAGGAAUGAGAGGGCAGCAGGAAUGGCGCUUCUUUGCCGCGAGCCUUGCACGAGCCUCGCAUAGAGAGAGCGUCGACGCCGGUCACCCACCAUGAGACUCGCACAAUCGUCCACAGCCACUGCACUGGCGGCGGCUGCGGCCGUAUCGGCGGCUUCAUCUUCAUACGACACAUGCUGCGCUCGUCUCGCCGCCGCUCUCGGCGACGACAUCGUCACCACCACGCCCUUCGCCGAGACCGACUACUUCUCCAUCCAGGAGUCGUCCCUCGUGCCCGCCUGCAUCGUCCGGCCACGCUCCGCACAGCAUGUUAGCAAGGCGGUGACGAUCCUCACCACGUCGCGGGUGCCGGGCUGCCAGUUCGCCGUCAAGGGCGGCGGCCACACACCAGCCGGCGGCUCUGCCAACAUCCAGGGCGGCGUGACCAUCGACAUGAAGUUUCUGAACGCGACGGUGCUGAGCGAGGAUAAGACCUCGGUCGCCGUCGGGGCAGGCGCCGUCUGGAACGAUGUAUACGGCUACCUGGGCGAUUUCAAUCUCGCUGCCGCUGGUGGGAGGAACGGCGGCGUCGGUGUUGGUGGGCUGCUCCUGGGCGGUGGCAUCUCGCAUUUUUCGCCGCGCGUUGGAUGGGCGUGCGAUACUGUUGUUGAGUACGAAAUCGUCCUCGCAAACGGCACCCUCGUGACCGUCUCUGGGACCAGCUACCCCGACCUGUAUCGCGCGCUCAAGGGCGGUGGAAACAACUUUGGCGUCGUCACGCGCUAUACGCUGACGGCGUUUCCGCAGGGAAACAUGUCGGUCAACACAAUUUCGUACGACGUAUCCCAGAUCGGUGCCGUGUUCGACGCUUUCACCGACAUCGCCGCCUCGCCAAACUUCGACCCCUACGUGUCCCUCCAGACGGACCUGCUGUACGUCCCAGCAGCCAAGGCAUGGUCGGUGACCAGCUCCGCCAGCUACACGAAGCCCGUGCUUCACCCAGAGGUGUUCAGCGGCCUCGAGGCCGUGCCAAGCAUCUCCAACACUUCCGAGAUCACGGCCGUGGCAGCGCUGGCUGCGGAGAAUCCCACUCCACCGCUGAACUGGCUCUUUGCCACGCUAACGUUCGGGACCUCGAGCGAGACCAUGCUGGGCAUCUUCAAUGCUCUAAACGGAUCCUUGUACGACUUCAAUCCCGCCGGUGGUGUCACAUGGAGCUUUGCCUUCGAGCCCCUUCCAUCUGUGAUGCUUUCGCAUUCCGCCGCCACUGGGGGAAACGUUCUCGGGUUGGAACCCGAGGAUGGCAAUGGUGUCAUCCUACUUGUUGUACAUGCACUCACUAUAUACUUGCCCAUGGGUCUGACUCUGACACCAACAGUCCUUCUCGUGUCUGCCCUCUGGCCGAACUCGAGCUCCAACGACUCCGUCUACCGGAAAGGCCGAGACACAUUUGCGGCUAUCAAGGCGGUCGCCGAGCGAAAAGGGAUGCUGCGGAAGUUUGAGUAUCUAAACUAUGCAGGCCCGCACCAGGCACCGCUGGCUUCUUACGGGACGGACAACCUGGACUACCUCCGCAAAGUCAGUAAGAAGUAUGACCCGACCGGAGUAUUCCAGCGCAAGGUGCCUGGCGGCUUCAAGUUGUGGUGAGAGUUUACGUGCCAAGGGACAAACGGCGUGACUGCUACAGCAAGUUACCAGUUAAUGGUACAGAUAUUAUACUAUGGACUGCUCAGCAAGCCGCAGAGUCGAUAUCGGGACCACAAGUGUAUAUUACUGCGGAUCUCAAUCUAUCUCAGAAAUCUGUCUGUGGUUGUAAUUCAUCUUUGGCAAAAUUCUCUUCUAAUUCUUGAUAAUAACUUGACAUUAGCCGCUUGUCCCAAUAAUGCUGAUACAGUUUCGCGUAUCCUAUUUUCCAAAUCCAAGACUCAAAUUAUAGAGCGAACAAGAUCCAGCGCUCCGUUUGGUAACUUUCUGUUUCUU